AUGGUGCUUCAUCCAUUCGAUCCUGUCACGCCUGAAGAGAUUCGGCUGGCUGUCCGGAUCUUGGAGGCUGCUUUCCCAGGCAUUCCCCUUCGGUACAACAGAAUUGAUAUCUCGGAGCCUAUCAAGAAGGAUGUUCUUCCAUAUAUCGAGGCCGAACGGCUGAGAAAGCCUUUGCCACCCAAACCAGCGCGUCUUUUGUAUUCUUACUUCCACCGUCUUGACAGCGGGGUGUGCUGUAAGACUUUAAUCAAUGCAGACACUAAAUCAAUCAUCUACACGAAAGAACUUCCAGAGGGGGUGCAGCCACCGAUGGAUGUCGACGAACUGGCCGAUAUUGAACGGGUAUGCAUGGAACACCCAGCAGUUCAGGCCGAGAUCGAGAAACUUAAAUUGCCACCGGGCAUGUCGGUGUGCAACGACCCCUGGAUGUACGGCACCGAUAACGACAACGAAAAGCGCCGGCUGUUCCAAUGCUUCAUGUACAUGGUUGCGGUGGACCACCCCGAAAAUAACCAUUAUUCCCUGCCGUGCAAGUUCUGUCCUGUUUUCGACGGUCCCACUAAGAAAUUGGUGCGAAUCGAUUAUCUCCCGGGUGGUGUAGACGCUGCUACUGUCGAGACCCAACCAUGGAAACCUGUCAAAACGGUUCAGUAUGCACAUGACCUCUUGGACGAACCCCUCCGCCAGGACCUCAAGCCGUACAUUGUACAGCAGCCGGAAGGACCGUCAUUUUCUGCAGACGGUAACUCCAUCUACUGGCAGAAGUGGCGAUUCCGAGUGGGGUUCAACAACCGCGAGGGAAUGGUUAUCCAUAACGUGACCUAUGAUAACCGCAAUGUCUUCUAUCGCCUGUCGGUCUCAGAAAUGACUGUUCCCUACGGAGACCCUCGGGCGCCUUAUCAUCGCAAGCAGGCCUUCGAUGUUGGGGAUGUUGGUUUCGGACUCAAUGCCAAUCAGUUGUCGCUGGGGUGUGAUUGUCUAGGCCACAUUAAAUACUUCAAUGGUUACAGGGCAGAUGCGAAGGGAAACCCGAUCCUUCUGCAGAAUGUUAUUUGCAUGCACGAACAAGACAACGGCCUCCAGUACAAGCACACCAAUUACAGAACUGGGACUGCCAGUGUUUCGCGUAACCGCCAGCUUGUACUCCAGAUGAUCUGCACCGUUGCAAAUUACGAGUAUAUCUUCGCCUACAUUUUCGACCAGGCGGCCAAUAUCGAGCUUGAAGUCCGCGCGACUGGAAUCCUGUCAACGGUCCCCUUCGACAACGAAAACGGAGAAACCGUCGCUUGGGGUACCAACGUUGGUCCGGGAGUCAUGGCUCCCUUCCACCAGCACAUGUUCUCCAUGCGAAUUGACCCGGCCAUCGAUGGCUUCAAGAAUACCGUCUAUUACGAGGACAGCGUUCCACUUCCCGAGGAUGAGAACAACCCCUACCUUGUCGGAUACACAACCGAGCAGACUGUUAUUCGGAACUCCAGCAGUGCGAAUACCGACGUCAAUCGCCAUCGGGUCUUCAAAAUCCGCAAUGACAACGUCAUCAACCCCGUAACCUACAAGCCCAUCUCAUACAAGCUGGUAACGGUACCCAGCCAGAUGUUGCUCCUGAGCAAGAACGCCAUGGGCUACCGCCGGGCCGAGUUUGCCAGCAAACCCAUCUGGGUCACCAAAUACCAGGACGAUGAACUGUUCGCCGCCGGCGAGUUCACCAACCAGAGCACCAAGGCCCAUGGUGUUGAGACCUGGGUGCAACGGAACGACAAGACCGAAGACGAAGAUGUGGUUCUAUGGCACUCAUUCGGCCUGACGCAUAACCCCCGAAUCGAAGACUUCCCCGUCAUGCCAAUGGAGCGAAUUAGCAUGAUGUUACGACCUGACGGAUUCUUCACUAAGAACCCGGCGUUAGACGUACCCGCAUCGACUCAGUCUUUCAACAAAUCCACUCUCCAUAGAGAACCGGCGAAAGCUGACGCUUCAUGCUGUUCUAGUGCCGGGGGCAGCAAGGCUAAGCUCUACAAGCGAAUGGACUAG